AUUUCUGAUCAUGAACAAGAAGAAUCAAAAGCCGACGAUAAUUUUACAGCGUCGAGUAGCUGAUUACACCAUAAGGGAGAAGGGGGAAGAGGUUCCAAACAGAUGAGGAAGGCAAUCGUUAGGGUGGUGAACAGGAAAUAGAAGUCGAGAAAGAUGGGGCAGGGAAAGAGCUGCAUGUGUCUGAGAUGCAGCAAGCAGAAGAAUCGAGGGUAAAGGUGGGGGAAGAUCGACAAACAGAAAGGGAAGAGAAGACUGAGAAUAAGAGAAACCAGGUAGAUCUCUUUGCUAGGAAUCGAGUUCAACAGCCUCACUAUGAGUUAUCCUUCAUUCCGUCAGCGGUAUUGCAAGGACAAAGGAUUGUGAAAUUCAUAUUCAUGGAUCUAGUGGAUGAAGCAGAAAAGUGGAAAAAUGCACUUGUAAGCAGUGUCUUCGGGUCAAGUCCAAAGUUCCAGGGGAUGGAAAGAUUUGCAAUGAACAAAUGGAAUAGGGGCUCCAAGAUCUAUCAAUUAUGGCAUAAAUUGAUGGAAUUGAGGAAGCUGAGCAAGGAGUUUGUUGGGAUCUCUGAGAAAGGUUGGUGUCUGUGAGAGGUGAGUAGAAUAAACUAAACUAUUAUUUUAAUCGAAUUAAAUGUUUUUAAGCAUGUCCAUGCAUCAUAAUAUCAUGUAUAUAUGAAUUGGUUAUUUUGUAUUAGAAUUCAUGAAUAUAAUGUUUUGCAUAAUUAAUUAUCAUUGUGGAUGGAUGUUGUAUGACUCACUAGCCCUCGAGCAUGAUAUGAUAUAAUAUAUAUGAUGGAUUCAGAAGUC